CCGCAGCGGAGCGGGGAGGCGGGGAGGCGCGGCGCGACAGGCGGCCGGGCCGAGCCGAGGUCCAGCGGCGGGCGGAAGAGAGGAUGUGACUCCGCGGGAAGAUGAAACCGAGCGCUGCGGCGGCCGCCAGCAGAGCAGCGCGUCCUCCGGAUGGAAUGCAAGCAAAAACAGAAAAGUUAAGAUGUUCUCUGAAGAAUGUGAAAAAGGAUAUAACAAAAACAGAGAAACUUAAAUAUAAACCACUCACUGGGAAGGUGUUUUACCUUGAUAUUCCAUCAAAUGUGAUCUCUGAAAAAUUAGAGAAGGACCUUAAAGAACUAGGAGGGAAAGUGGAAGGUUUUCUUAGCAAAGAUAUUAGCUAUCUGAUAUCUACUAAAAAGGAGGCAAAAUUUGCACCAACUCUUGGUCAGAUUUCUCCAGUCCCUAGCCCAGAAUCUGCACAUAAUGGAGGAAAUAUUUCGCCUCAUCCCAACAGCCGAAGAAAUCGACAUGAGGGAAGUUCAUUUAAGACAGCAGAUACAGUUCGUAUGAGCAGAGGAAAAUCUUUAGUAGAAAAAGCAAUCAAAGAGCAGGAAUUAAUCCCUUCUGGUAGUAUAUUAUCCAAUGCUUUGAGUUGGGGAGUGAAGAUACUUCAUAUUGAUGACAUUAAGAAUUACAUUGAACAAAAGAAAAAGGAGCUCUACGUAGUCAAAAGCAGUUCUUCUAAAGAUAUGGGAAAACGAUCUGCUACUCAAAAGUCAAGAACAGGUAGACUGAAAAACCCGUUUGUGAAGGUGGAAGAUAGAAGCUGCCACUACCGACCAUUUUAUCUGCAGUUAUCCAGUUUCCCAGUUCUGAACUACUGUGUUCCAAAACCAUAUAGUCCAUUUGAAGUGGAUAAGAAGCUUCCUUCUGGUCAAAAACAAACUCAGUCUAAGCAAAGAAACAAAACAAAUAGUGAAAAGGACUGUGGAACUCCUGUUCAGCUCCCUCAAAAGGAUAAAAAAAAAAGAGGAUAUUGUGAAUGUUGUGGGAAGAAAUAUGAAGAUCUACAAACUCAUCUUGAAAGUGAACAGCACCAAAAUUUUGCUCAAAGCACACAAUAUCAAGUUGUAGAUGAUAUAAUCUCCAAGUUUCCUUAUGACUUUAUUGAAUACAAAGAUGACACAAGAAUAAUUAAAUGGACAAAAUGUAGUACAGGAUAUUUUUCUCCUAUUAUUGGAAAAAUAACUAAACCAGAUGAGCUGAAAGAACGACUGAAAAAGCAACGCAUUUCAUUGAAAAGUUACUCAUGGAAGGAUACUACCAUGCGGGCACUCAAACUGGAUUGUUGGCCUACAGAAGUACACCCAAAUUCUGUGCCAGUGCCUACCCCUAUUUUCGGAUCUGUCUGUUCAGUUCUUCAUUGUUAUCUGUCACAACCUUUGGAAGUAAAAAGUAAAUUCAGAAAUAAUGAUGAAAAUAUUAAAACUGAUUGUUCCUGUGCAGCAAAUGUAAAAGAAGCUGUUACACCAUCAAACUUCAUACAGCCACCUCUGCAGAAAAAUGACAAAGCAAACAUGAAGAACUUGUCUCAAGCUUAUGAGCCAUUCAGUAAAGAAAUUUUUGAACCAGAAAUACAAAAAAAGAAUUUACAGAGUUUACAGGAAGGAAUGUGUACUUUAUAUUCUCAUACUCAAGGUACAAAUUUUACUGAAAAAGACAACAACUUACCACAGCCGAAACGAAAAUUAAAUAAUGCAGUAGUUCAACCAGCAAAGUGUUUGAAGAAAACAGAUGCAAAUCCUGUAUUUAUCAGAGAACAUCAUGAUUUGUGUGAUGAUCAUCAACAGAUGCAGCACAAUGUUGUUCUGGACUCUAAGGCAUCUGAUACCACUGUAAGCAGAGAACUUAAUGGAUUGGCUGCCAGCACUGCACACAGUUCGCCCUCUGGAAAGCUGCACAGAAAAGUAAAACUUUACUUGGGGAGAAAUAAAAGAGAAAAACGGAAACAUAAUAUGCAGUUGUGUGUAAGGUACACUGAUGGACUAUCUGUUCCUGAAGAAAAGAAAAGUGCUUGUAGCUCUCCAGUGCAGGCUUUACUGGAAUUAUUUCAGACAAGUGAAAUAAACUCAGAUUUUGGAGGUUUUUCAGGUUACACUGAGAGCAAAGAUUCAACAAGUGUAAAAGGUGCAUGGGAAGGGCAGAAUACAAAUGUUGCGUGGUCACUAUUUUCCUCUUCAUCCUCAACCCCAUUUGUUGGAUUUUAAUGCUGCUUUAUUUAAUACAAUGACUUUCAAAUUUGCAGAUUGAAAAUUUUAUUCAUGGAAAUUUUAAUUCCUGUGUUAUAUAUU